UCAAAUCCGAAGAACAAGCAAAGUAUGUUGGUAGGAAUAGGUAAAGCGUAAAGUAACAGUUGGCAGCACUGCCACAACUGCACACACGGGAGCUGUCACGAAUAUGUCGGCUGCUAAACAGCAACUUUGGCGAUAAUAUAACACGCAGCUUGGUCGUAAACAGUGAGAGAGAGAGAUUAAUUAGCGAACCAGCACGAUAGAGAUAUCCUCCGGGAACAUCUUACGCGUUGGUGACGACUAACGAAUUUGCAGAAAGAUGCCACGUAACAGUGCGGUAAUUGUAAUGCUUCGAGUAAUGUUUUCAACAGUCCGCAGAUAAUUGUGAAAGUACGACUAAUACGAUUUCUGCAGCAUUGAAUUCGUUACUUGAGAAUCAACGCGACAUCGAUCGAUGUACGCUGGUUUGAUUAAACUCGAAUUUUCACGUCCAUGUAAUGUUUACACUACACAGCUGAUUUGCAAUAGAGACGUAUAUUUGCGGGGUUAGGCGCAAGAGACAUGAGUUGGUUUGAUGCCGCGGGAUUUGCCAACUUGGCAAAAUCCGCCCUGAAGGAAGCUCAAAAAACUAUAGACAAAGCAUUAGAUAUCAAGGAUGAAGAGCCAAAGAUGAUUCAAACUCACACAGACGAGAGCUCGGACUUCUUUGCGAGUUGGGGAUUGAAAAAUGAGGACCGUGCCAAUGAGCAGGAGAAAAAUCCACCGAAACAGUCGAGCUCAAGCAGUAUCUGGGGUAGUUUCACAGGCUCGUUUUUUGAGGCACCCAAGGUCGCGGAAGGAAGCGCAGGAAAGAAGAUUGUCAAACAUUCCAAGUCACUGCAAAGUGCUGUCAGUCAAGAUGAACAGCAAUCUGGGAUAGUGUCUUCUGUCUCGGUCCCUGAAAAACUGGUCGAGCAGUCGACGAAGUCUGCGAUAAAAAGGCAUGAGUCUGUACAUAUGGAAAACGUAGAAGAGUCCAGCGUAGCUAGUGAAUCUGUAAAUACUAGUUGUAGCACAUCUAAAGAAACUAACGAUAAGGUCACACGGGAAUCUUGUAUACCGUCAGAACAGUUGUCUGCAGAAAACGUUGUUCCUACCGAAAGCGAGGAGAAUAUGAGUAAAAGUGUCAGCCUAAAUUUGGAAGAAGUCUACCAUGCACCAGACACGGAUAAUACCGACGACGACGACGACGACGACAACGACGAUGACGACGACGACGACGACGAUGAUGAUGAUGAUGAUGAUGAUGAUGAUGAUGAUUCCACAAGCAGCACUGAUGAAAAUGAGACAGAACAAGAUGACAAUGAAAUGGCGUCGGAGAGCAACGACAUUAAUCAAACACCAAGUCCUACCAAUGUGUUCCAAGUACCUACUGUCUCCUCUGGAAGCGACAAGAAGAGCCUGGAAAGCGUGGAGAUACUCGGUUCGCAGUCCAACACCGACUGCACCACCACGCCGGAGUCGGAUCCCAAUUCCGUCAGCAAUUCUAUAAGCCCUUCCGUCGUGGAUAUCAAGGUAAACUCCGAGUCGGUCGAGAUAUUGCCAGACAGUCUGGUAACGUCGCCGAGUUCCGUAGAAGUCCUGGGCGACUGGAAGAGCGACAGCAGUCCUUAUUUGUCUCCGAUAGAUCCGAAGAAUUCGGAACUGUCGCCUGUCCCGGAUGACGGGGACGAGUGUGUCACUCCGUGCGGAGAAUGUGAGAACAUGUUGGAGCUGCCAAGUAGAGAUCAAUUCGCGGAACCCUCCUCGUCGGACAUCUCUCCAUACGAAUCUCCCAUGGAGGAAGUUAAGACUUUGAGUACCAACUCAUGUUCAUGCAGCGUCGACAGCACGCCAUCGCCGAACGCGUUCACCGGCUUAGACACGAAGAGUUCAUUGCACGCAAACGAUUCGAAGACUUCCCCCGAGAGCGUCGAGGUGAUACCAGACGUAGACGAGUUGGACGAAGUGAGCCUGGCCGAAGAUUCUUACACCUCCGCUUCCGAAGGUACGGUGAUGACGGUACUCGAGCCGUUUCAGCAAUUGGACGUUGUCAAGAGCAAGAUGGAACAGGUGGAGGUCGGCAUAAGAAUACCCACAAAGAUGCACGACUCGUGUCCAGACGACAAGCAAGUAUCGGCGAAGGUUUGCGCGGAAAGCAAGUUAAACUUAAGUCUGGACUCGCUGAAAGAGAAGCAUAACUUGCACCUGACGCUUGAACCGAUCACCACACAGCCGAUUCGCAAACAGGAGCAUUUGGAGGGAGUGAACGAGAAAGCGGACACUCCUACUUUUUCGCAGUUGAUGAGCACGACUAUAGAGCCGCCGGAUCCGGAUAGUUAUUCCCAAGUCGAGAACGUGGAGGGCACGAUCGAGAGUACAACCGAUCAGUAUUUGAUAUCCACCGAUUCCAGCGGGGAAGGAACUCUAAUAGAGAGCAGUUCAGAAGAUAACGCCACAUUGGUGUGCACGGACGUCUCCAAAGUCCUGGAAACGCCAUUGACCGCCAGCUCGUAUGUGAAAACAAUGUUGGCAGACGCUAUGGUAGAAAAGGGUGAAAUUAUUGACAUAGAAGCUCACUGCGCGGAAGUGCCGCGAGAAAAUUCACCUAUAUCCUCGGAGAGUCGCUCCGAUCUAGUCAAAAUCGGCUCGGAUCAGGCUAGUGGACAUACGAGCGGAGACGAGUUAGAAACCACCACAUCGAGCGACAUCGAGAUCAUAUCCAGUCCGAACGGAGACUCGAGCUCGACGCAAUCGCGACAGAGUCCAGCUAAAUUGCAGCUGACAAAGGGCAGCGAUCUGCUAACGAAAACCCUGAAGACUAGAGGUCACUCACGGGAGUUAAGCGAAAUCAGCAUUGGAUCGGACGAGGCGAAUUUGGAAAUCGAGAAGUUGCUGAAACGCGUGCAGGAGAUGACUGAGAUUCUGGAGGCGAGAGAAUCGAAGCUGAUCGACGUGAGCAGAAUUAACAUGGAAUUACACGAGCAAAAUGCGAACUUAAUGAAGCAACUUGAGAACUUCGAGAAGCAUGCAGAGCAGAACCAAAAUAUAAAUCAAAUCACGGACGAGUAUACGCAACGUUUGUCGGCGUUGGAGAGGAAAUUUCAGCAAGCGAUAAGGGAACGGGAUCAACUCAGAAAGAAUUUGGACCAGUUGAAGCUGGAGGCGGCGUCGCGUCUAUCAUCGCAAGAGAUGUCUAAUAUAAACGCCGAGAAGGAUGAAAUAAUAAAAGAACUUCGCGAGGAGGGCGAGAAACUGAGCAAACAGCAAUUACAGCAUAGCAACAUUAUAAAGAAGUUACGCCUAAAGGAGAAGGAGGCCGACAUUACAAUAAAAAGUCAAAAAGAGCAGAUAGAGGAGCAAAAUACAGAACUGGAAAGACUAAAACGAUCGUUGCAUGCGAAGGAGGAAGUGGAACGCACUCAAAUAGAAGCCGUUCAUACGCUCACGGCGAAGACGAAGAAGCAAGAAAAAGAGAUACUGAUCCUACAAGAGAAACUGGAUAACGCGGUGCACAAGAUGGAUGCCUAUAAGAAAAGCUUGGAUGCCGCAAAAGUGGACUUGUCGGAGACGAAAAAAAAAUUGUUAGUCACGGAGGAGGAAUUGAAAGAGGCUGUGGAUAAUGCAGGAGAAUCGUGCCAACUGUUUGCACAAGUGGAGGAUUUAAAGCUGAAAUAUCGACAAGCUGAAGAAGCUCACGUCAAAAGAGAAGAAUUUCUUAAACACGAGAACAGCGAAUUACUUAAGCGACUCGAAGCCGCGGAAGCUAGGAGCGAAGAACUGUCUGAAUCUGUCUCGGUAACGACGAAACCGCUGCUGAGACAACUAGAACAGCUCCAAGCGAACCUGUCACAUAAAUCCAAUAGUUUCAUGAAGCAGGAGAAGAUUCUGUCAGAUAAAAACAUCGAGUUGCAGUCGAAAAUUGAGAAUUUAAUCGAAAUGGAUCGUCUCUUGAGGGAAGAAAACGUCAACUUGAAAUCCAAGGAAUCGCAUUUGGAAUCGAAGCUUAAUAUAAAAGAGAAGGAGAAGGUGAGAUUGCGGGAAUCGCACGAUAAAUUGACCGAGCAGAACGAAAGACUGUUGGAGCAAAACAAACAACACCAAACCACGAUAAGCACUCUUGAACAGACGCACUCUAAUCAGGUACAGGAACUGAAGAGAGAAAUAAAUGCAUUAGAGAACAAGUUAGCCAUUGAGAAAGCGGCGACCGAUGCAGAACGAAGAAAAAAUAAUGCGAUACUGGAACAGCAACAGAAUACUGACGAGGAAUCACGAUUUAGUCCUACUCUCAGCAUAGGACAAGAAUCUGUCAGUAGUGUAAAUAGCAUUUGGCCAGCUUUUAGCGACUCGGUGUUUGAUAAUAGCUCCGGAAGAUUCCCUCCGAUGACGUACGAAGGCAUCAGAGCAGGUUCGAGCAGUACGUCUAUUUUCGAAAAUUUACAAGCACAACUGAAACAAAGGGACGGUGAAGUACAACAGCUUCAAUGGGAGUUGUCGCGACGGAACAUAGAGAGGGAUGCAUUGAAUUCGGAAUUAGCAACGCUUACUCUAAAGGUCGAAGACUUAAGCAACAAAGUUCAGGAAGUACAGGCACUUAACGAAAGCCUUAGCGAAACGCAAACGAGAUACGACGCGCUACUGCAAAUGUACGGCGAAAAAGUGGAAGAGAAUCAGGAAUUGCGACUAGAUCUCGAAGACAUCAAGGAGAUGUACAAAACUCAAAUUGAUCAACUUCUGAACAGGCAAACUUAACUUCGUUGGAAACGUAAAUUAUUCAAUUUCAUCGCAGCUCAUAGUCCUCUAUAAAAUUUCAAUUAUAUACACUUGCGCGCGCAUGUGCGCGUUUCAGCGCGCUCUGUCACAUAAUAUUUUCGUUUAUCUCUAGUGAUAGGUGGCUGAUGCAUAGAAGAGUUUUAUAGCAGACGAUUUUAAUAAUACAUUCUGAUACAUGAUAUGUAUUUAUAAUAUUUGACGCGUGCAAAUUUGUGAUAAAGGAUUUAGACUCUGAUAAGAUUUCAAAAAGUAAGGUUAGGUUCAUUAAAUUAUAUAAAAAUAUAUUUAUUAAGAAUCGGUGGAGUGAUUUAUAAAAUAAUAGGAAUUGUACACAUGAGGUUUGUUUUUUUUUUUAGCUGUAUUACUAGGUUGUAUUUUUUGCUUUUAGAGAGAAAUUAGUAUAUAAUUUAUCAUUGGAAGAAAAAAAAGAAACGAAGUUCCAGUGCAACACUAGUUCAGGUAAAAAGCUCUAUGGUGUGUGCUGAUAUUCAAUGUCUCCUACACACACACACACACAUAUGUAUACACUUGUAUCUAAUUUUUAUCUUAUAUUUCAACAGCAAUUUAACGUCAAAGAUGUUAAAUUCAUGUGAUAUUGGAUUGUAUUAUAAUAUUUAAGUACAACACACGCGAUAUGUAUAUAACGCAAUAAUAACAUACUUUAUCGUAAAUAUAA